AUGCGUCUCGUGAUUGUUCUUCUCUGUGCAUUCCUAGUGAUUUCCUUGGAGGUAACAGCCAAGGAAGCCAAAUCCAAGGGAAAAGUCAAGGAAGAAAUCAUUGACCCAGCAGAAGAGGAAAUUCCUGAGAAGGCGGUGCAGGAGGAGGAAACGGAAAAUGAAAUUGUGGAAGAGGAACCGGAAGUUGACCAAAUAGUGGAAGAAGUUGAACCAACAAAGGCCAAAGUGAAAGAGGAAAAACCAAAGAAGAAGAAGGAAAAAUCCCAAAAGGUUAAAGAAUCCAAGUCCAGUGAGAAAAAGGGAAAGAAAUCAGGGAAGUCAAAGGAGAAAAGCAAGAAGGGAAAGAAGAGCAAAAAAUCUCAUGAGAAAAAGAACGAAUUGUAAAAAAUGUAGAUACUUGAAAUAAAUAUUAAAGAUUUUUUUUAAAAA